UCCCCGGAGUUCACGGCUCCUGCCUCACUCAGGCACCCAGCGUCCAUCACAGCGCCACUGCUCCGAGUCAGUCAGCGUCGGCUAAACUUGCCUGGCUUUAGUCCAUUCCAGUCAGUCAGUCAGUCGCUAGCUAGCUCAGUGGGGAUAGUCAAUAGUUCAGCAAAUCAGGCAGUGAGUCGACCGGUGAAUGAGUAGUUCGAUCAGUCUGUUAGUCAGGAGAUCAAUCAGGAGAUCAGUCAGUCGGCAGGUUGAGUUGACGAGUCAGUCAGGAAGCCAGUCAGUCAGUUGACCGGUCAAUCAGUAAAUGAGUCAGUUGCUGAGUGAACAGUUUAGUCAGUAGAUGAGCCAAUAGCUGAGCCAUCAGAGUAGCCGGCAGAGUAGCCAGUAGAUUUGGCCAAUAGCCUUAGCCAGUAGAUUGGCCAAUAGCUUAGUCAGUAGACUAGUCAGUCCGUGCAGUCUGCAAUGAUGCCACCCUUUGGGAAUCUUUUCUCUAAGGCGCGGAAACAUCGCAGCCUCUACCCGAUGCUGUUUUUCAUUGGGCUUGGUCUGUCGACAGCAGCCCUCUACACACUCCGUCUCGCCCUACGCAACCCCGACAUCAGUUGGAACAAGAAAGGAAACCCCGAGCCGUGGAACAAUCUCGAACCAACUCACCAGUACAAGUUCCUCGCAGUCUCCAUGGACUACGACAAGCUGAAGAAGGACAGACCCGACUUCUAGACUCCUCCCACUCGACUGGCCGCGGGGACACGGGGGGGGGGGGCGGGG